ACCGAGAUGACAUGCCAUCCGCGGACCGGCGUAGGCGCAGUCCGCUGCGGAAGACACGCGCGACAGGUCGGUUCUAGUUGGUGCCUCUAACGCUUCUCACUCGUCCAAUUAUGGCGUCCUCAGCGUCAAUUCGCGACUUCUACAAGGGAAGGAGUGUUCUGGUGACUGGAGGCACAGGAUUUAUGGGGAAAGUCCUUGUGGAAAAGCUUCUCUACUCCGUUCCUGAUAUUGGCAACAUCUACGUCGUCAUGAGGCCGAAGCGGGGGAAAUCUGUGCCUCAACGCAUCGAGACUAUGCUACGUUUGCCUCUAUUCGAUCGUCUUAGAACUGAACGCCCAAACGCUUUGAAGAAACUGAAGGGUCUACAGGGAGAUGUCUUAUUCGACGAUUUAGGACUAUCUUCGCAUGAUAUCGAAAUCUUAUCUGAAGAGGUAUCCGUCGUAUUCCACUUCGCGGCGACACUCAGGCUGGAGGCGCCGCUCAGGGAUAAUGUGAACAUGAACACCUCGGGCACGCUGCGAGCUUUGAGCGUGGCCAGAAGGUUGAAGAAUCUGGUCAUCUUCGUUCAUCUGUCAACGGCUUUCUGCUACCCCGAUUAUGAGCUUUUGAAUGAAAAGACGCACGCGCCCCCCGCGAAACCUGAAGAUGUGAUUAGACUGACAGAAUGGCUCGAUGACAAGCAACUGGCUCUCCUGACGCCUUCACUCUUGGGGCCUCAUCCUAACUGCUACACCUUCUCUAAGCGGCUAGCGGAGAACGUCGUUGAAAGGGCCUAUCCCGAACUGCCGGUCGUGAUUGCUCGGCCUAGCAUUGUGUGUCCAACAUAUAGGGAGCCAGUGGCAGGGUGGGUAGACAACCUAAACGGCCCCGUUGGUCUCAUGCUGGGCGCAGGGAAGGGCGUCAUCCGGACCAUGCUCUGCGACGGCUCCCUCAACGCCGAAGUCAUACCUGUAGAUGUUGCCAUCAACGCCAUCAUCGCAAUAGGCAUGAUCGAGGGAACAAGACAGGAGAAGCCUGAAUUGAUUCCCGUAUACAACGUCAACAUCGGACACCAAAAGCCCACAUCAUGGGGCGAAGUGCUGCUAGUGGCAAAGGAUUACGGACGUAAAUAUCCGCUGGAGUGGCCCCUCUGGUAUCCAAAUGGCGACAUCACCACCAACAAAACCUUGCACGAAAUACGCCGUAUAUUAUUCCAUCUACUGCCAGCUUACUUCAUUGACUUUUUACUGUUAAUUUGUGGGCAAAAACGAAUAAUGAUUCGAAUCCAGGAAAGGAUUAGUCAAGGACUAGAAGUCCUUCAAUACUUCACCAUGAGACCAUGGAAGUUUGCUUGUGAUAACUACGACAGUAUAUGUAAAAUAUUGAAUGAAGAAGAAAGAGAAAUGUUCAUCACAGACAUCACUACCGCAGAUCGUAAUGAAUACAUGGCAAAAUGUAUAAACGGCGGUCGCAUGUACUGCUUGAAAGAGGAUCCGGGAAAACUUAAGCGCAACAGAGCUUAUCAUAACUUCCUGUUCGUUUUGGACUGGAUUGUAACGAUUUUCUUCUGGCUGCUGGUUAUUUCGUUCUUGGCGUCUUGGUUCGCGCCGGUGAAGGCCGUGCUCUCACUUGGUGGGCCGCUGGUGAAGGCAUUGCCUUUCGUCGGUUCCGCGGUUUUUGAUGGAACAAACGAAUAAGGCUCUCAAUCUAUUAUCAAAUAACUUACUUUUUGGCACCUAAGUACCUAAUACGUUUGUUUAAAAUAUUUUACCAGCCGAGUAACAACCGCGCUACUGUACGAUUCUGUAGGUAUUCCAUUUAUUGUUACUUACGUGGUUUAAAAAAUAAUAAGAAUGAAAAAAUAGAUAUGAGCAUCUUUCUUGUGACAAUUAUAGUAGUUUAGAGAAUAUAUUAAUAGUACGGUGAAGAGUAAAUAAGAAACCUCAAUAGCGCCAAAUGAUUUUUUCCGUUUUUUAUACGAAUUCAUACAAAACGCCGCUUGUGUUUAAGGGGCAUGUAAGUACAAUUUAUUAUUUUAAAACGGGUAAAGUUGAGUAUACGUCCAGCGUAGUUCAGGGUAUGGGCAGAAAGAGUAGUCGAUUUUGAAGAAUAUAAGAAGAUACUGUUGUUAUUUAGAAAAGUAACACUAGACAUUGUUAAAGAACAGCGUUGAUACUAGUCAAUAACAUUGUAACUACUACCUCUGUUAUGCAUGUACGACAUAAAUGCAGUUACCGUUAACCGUUUUUUUUUUAUAAAUAAAACUUAAAUAGUUAAUACCUCAAGUAGUUUUAUGUAGUUGCUUGCAAUCUACGAAAUGAAGCGCUCACCAGUGGGCGCUACUGUCGACUAAGGUCCUAUAGGCAGGCAGGUUCUACAACCCGGUCAACUGUGCACAAGUUAACUGCGCACCUGGCUGCCAUAACGUCACAUCGAUGCUCUAGUAUGGACGGAGCGAGCGCGGGGAAGUGUGCGGGUGAGUGCGAGGGAGUCACAUUCCAGCAAAGUGCGCAGUUUACUCGAUCGGGUUGAACCAGCAACAGAACCUUACACCGCCAGUGGUGCACUAGGGAAACCUUCAUUUGAUCAAGUCGAUUUGGGGGGUAACGUGAAAUACCUAUACAAUAAUGUAUAGGGCAAGUGACCCGGUUGUGGCCACCGACCCCUUUGUGGCCAUUUAGAACUUUAAAUCGUUAUAACUAAGGCAAAGACUAAUAUAUUACUCUAUGGUUUACGGGAAUAAAAAUAUCUAAUAUUAGCAACACUGAUAGCGUGGGAAUUUCGGGAAUUCCUUGUAACUAAGCUUUAAGUUUACUAAGGUACCUACAUACCAAAUUUCAAGCGUCUAACUUAAGCAGUUUAGAUUUUUCAUACAAAAGGAUUUUCCCGCGAAUUCCCGUUCCCGUGAAUUCCUUGUUGUAACUAAGCUUUAAGUUUACUAAGGUACCUACAUACCAAAUUUGAAGCGUCUAGCUUAAGCAGUUUAGAUUUUUCAUACAAAAGGAUUUUCCCGCUAAUUCCCGUUCCCGAGGGAAUUCCUAAGUAUACUAUAACCUGCCCAGGAGUAUGAAAAAUAAUUGUACCAAGUUUCGUUAAAAUCUGUCGGGUAGGUUUGUUUUUUUUUGAUGAAUUUUGAUGGCCAGAACUGGCACAUGACUGUGGCCAGAAAUGGGGUAAAGCUGGCCAAAAAUGGCACAAAUUCCCAUUUCUUUUUCUUUUCUACAGGAUUAUUUUUCCAUAGAAUCAUUAUGAAAAAAAAAUGUAUCCUUAGGCUAGAUCUAAAUAUAUUUAAUCACUUUUUACAAGAAAUAACUCCGUGAUAACAAAAACUGUAAAAUGAUAUAGCCUCAAAGUCUAAAAAAUUCUUAAAAUGGCCAAAACCGGGUCACCUGCCCUACUGGGUGUAAUUUUUAUACUUGAUCAAAUAAAAAUAUUUUAACGGGAUCAAAUUCUAAAAAACAAUGAUCCCCAUACUAAAUAACUGAUUGCUGGUGACAAUUUGUGUGGAUUUGAACUUGGGUCAAAAGCAAUCCUUUUAGUUUGAUCAAUUGCAAAAAUUACACCACCCUGUAUAUUGUUUAUCUACCCAUAUGUUCCGCAUCGUUUUCGUAAAGUAAAGACCUUAUACAAAAAAUACUUAAGCCUUAAUCUUACACGCCAAGGGUGAUUGGUUUUUACUUUGCUUAGGUCUUAUCUGUAAUUUUUAUUAUUAAAUUUUUUAUACGUUGUUUUAUUAGUUAUAAAUAUUACCUUUUUGUAUCGAGGGAUUAUAUUUUUUUAAUAUAA